CAUUGCUUGACGUGCUCUGUCAGGAUUUCUUCAAAAUAACAUGGCUUGGUCCGGUGAAGUCAGAUAGGGUAGGGAAAAAGAGGUUGUCUUGACUUCGAGUCCAGAUUCCAUCACUGCGGGUUUUUUAAUCCUCAAAUCAUGUUCGCUUUUAUUUCGCUGAAGCCGAAGAAGAAUGAAAACGGAGGCCACAACGAGGACUAGUGUUGCGAAUUUGCCAGAAAUUCGCCUUAUGUGCCGACUUUCAAGGUACGGACUGAGAUCCUGUUUAUUCAGUGUGUGGUGAGUCGUCGGUCUAAACAUGGAUAGUAGUAGUGGGGUGUUGUAAAGGCCUCCUUUUAGGCCUAUUUCAGUAACUGACGUUUGUGAAGAUAGCAGCCCUAGAAAAUGGUCGUAAUGGCAUGCCCCUCUGAGCCUACGAAGCCAUCACAUCGGCGAUCACAGGCGAGAGUUGGUUUCUAUGAUAUUGACAAAACUCUUGGGAAAGGAAAUUUUGCAGUAGUGAAACUCGCCAGACAUCGGAUUACAAAAUCACAGGUUGCCAUAAAAAUUAUUGAUAAAACCAAGUUAGAUGAAUGUAACCUGAAAAAAGUUUACCGUGAAGUUCAGAUAAUGAAGAGUCUCAACCAUCCACAUGUGUUAAAACUUUACCAGGUUAUGGAAACUAAGAAUAUGCUGUACUUAGUUACUGAGUAUGCUCAAAACGGAGAGAUGUUUGAUUACCUUGACAACCAUGGCCGAAUGUCAGAAAAAGAAGCUGGGAAGAAGUUUUGGCAAAUUGUGUCAGCUGUAGAUUAUUGUCACAAACACAACAUUGUACACAGAGAUUUAAAGGCAGAAAAUCUACUACUGGACAGUAACAUGAACGUGAAGAUAGCAGACUUUGGAUUUAGUAAUUAUUUUACUGUUGGAGAGCAGCUUGCAACCUGGUGUGGGAGUCCUCCAUAUGCUGCCCCAGAGGUGUUUGAGGGUCAACGUUAUGAAGGACCUCAACUGGAUGUUUGGAGUCUUGGUGUUGUGCUGUAUGUGCUGGUAUGUGGUGCUCUUCCAUUUGAUGCCAAGACACUUCCACAACUCAAGGAGCGUGUGUUGGCUGGCCGGUUUCGGAUUCCAUAUUUUAUGUCAUGUGAAUGUGAGCAUAUGAUUCGCAAAAUGCUUGUAGUGGAUCCAUCAAAGCGUUACACAAUGCAACAGAUACAACAACACAAGUGGAUGUUGCUACAUGCUGGCCGUGAGCCUACACAUCCUAUCGUUGAAAUUCCGAGACCUGUUGGAGAAUUCAAUGAAAAAGCAUUACGACUGAUGGGAAACCUUGGUAUUGAUCAGCAGAAAACGAUUGAGGCCAUUCAGAACAAUCUGUUUGAUCACUACACUGCAAUAUAUUACCUGUUGGGGGAACGGUUGAAGAUGUACAGACACACUUUUCCUACAGACACAAAAAUAGAAGCAAGAUCAAGGAGGCCCAGCUCUAUAGCAGAUCAUGCAAUUGUACGACAACAACUAGAAAAGAUAUCAUCACAUACAGCACCAGGUUCUGCAUUGCCUUUUCAGACAGUUUUAACGCAUCAAAAGACUAGUGGACCUUUACAUGGAUGUUUAAGAGAAUCAGAAUUAAACACGCAGCCAAAUAAAGGAAGCGUUAUGUUGGAAGCUAUUCCUCAACUUUACCAAGCACGCCGUGUGAGAUCAAUGUCACCAAAGAACAUGGUCUCUUCAAUAGAUGAGGCCAAUGAGAUUGAUAUGUCUGAAGGACAAGUGGAGGUGGAGAAACCAUGUCAAAUAUUACAUCCACCAUUAACUAGUUACUCAUUUGAUUUGCCGAGUCACACAGGUCCAAGUUUGAGUGAUUUUGGUUUAGAACCCGAUGCAUUCAAUGGAUCAUUUGGUUCUGACGAAGAAAUGGAGAUUUUGCACAAUUAUCCACGUAUGUCCUCAAGGCAAAAUAUUGUUAUACAUUCAGCAUGCAAUUCACCAACAAUGUCACCAUUAACAGAACACAGACAGUUGCAGGGCAGACGUCGCAUGUCUCGAGUUCAAGAAAACGUACAGACUGGUAGCAGAACAUGUUCACAAUCGCCAAUUUACUUCCGUGAGGGUAGACGUGCUUCCGAUGGACUCUUAGCACAGGGUAUAGUAAUGUUCCGUCAAAACCAUAAUAUACCAAAGACAUAUGGCAUGUUCGAUAUCCAUCAGAAAGAACAUGACCAAGAAUGCAAUAUUGCAACGCAGGAACUAGGCCAGCUUGCCUUACUACAGACAUCAUUUACUGAGGACCAACAUGGAAUGUCUGAGAAACAAACUAAUAAAUUAGCAGCACCUUGUUUUAAUAAGCAGAGCUUUCAAGAUUGGCAACAUGUGCAUGGAAAAGUGUUAGAUGAGUCUACACAAAACUGCAUGAAUCCACUUGAAACUGGUUUAAACCAGUCAUGUAAUACUGAUCCACAGAAACUAGGUCAGAUUGGUAGUCCAACUGCCAGAAGACUUCAGCAUCAUUUGAUGCAGCAGAAAUUGAUUCAAAAGCGUCAACAGCUUCAAAAACAAUCUCAGUUAAGUCAAGAAUUUCAACAGUUGAAUUUGGUGAAGCAAGCAAGUUUUGAGAGGCGUCCACCGCCACCAAACAGAGCCGAUUCUUACAAAAUGGCACAGCAACAUCCCAUUGACCCACAUAUUCCGUCAGAUAGAAUAUCAAUUAAUGUUGCUGAAGACUAUAAACAUUGCAUCCAUGGAACUAGUAAUAAAGUUAACGAAGAUGAUGUAGAAACAAUGGAUACCUCAGAUGUUUCGUCUUUACAAAGUUCAUAUUCAUUUACUCCUUGUUGAGGAGGCUGUGUAGGUUUUUUAGGGAAAUAAUAAGUAAAUGGAGAAAACAAAAGAGGAAAUUGUAAAGUUUUUAAGGUAGGCCUAUGUGAAAGAAAAUGUGCAUUUGUUUGGUCACAUUGAAUGAAUGAGAACCUUUUGUUUUCAUGUUUUUUUCUUUAAUGGAGAAUGUAAUGAUGAUGUGGAUAAAUCAUGUGACUCGAUUACAUAAAGUACAGUUGGAUGUGUUGAGUAUUGGAACUUUCUGUAACUGCGCUGUGGUGGUUACGUCAUAACCUUUGUGGUUAUUUUUUACGAUACAGCUUUUUCUCAUUGUUUGUUCUGAGAUAAUGUUGUUUUAGGUGCUUGGUACAGUAUUAGAAUGUCCUGCCAACCUACAACAUUCUCAAUAUUUCUUUGUUGUUUUACUCAAUUUGUAAGUUUAUUCAUUGAUGACUCAUUUUCCAUCAAGUAUGAUAAGUGAACAAAUCUCAGAAGGUUGAAUAAUCAUUUGCAAUAAACAUGUAACAUUCUAUAUAAUAUUAAAUUUGUUGUCUUUGUAGGUUAUCUUUAUGGUAACAAUCAAACAACUCAGUUAAAUGGCUUUGUCAAGGAUGUGAGUGGGUAUUAGUUGUAUAAUUUGUGUUGCAUUAUACACUAUGAUGUUGCAUCUAAACUGAUUUCAUGAAAAGAUGCAUUGGUUGAAAUACAAUGAAGACUACAUUAUUUCAGGUAGUGUGUGCUAUAUAAAUAAUGAAUUUUCAUUUUUUGUGACUUGUCCAAGUUUAUUUGUAGAUUAUGGUAAAGCUUUAAUUGCAACUCAAUAGAAGCAAUACAAAUUAUUUUAAAAUAUGUUUUAGUUUUACAAUGAAGUUGACCAUUAAAAUUAUAAAGUAGACCAGUAGCAUAGAUUACCAUAUAUGGUGCUUCAUUAAUCCAUUACUUGUUGCAGUUGUAUCUCACCAAUUGAGUCUAGAUUCCUCUGAUCUCUUCAUGUUUAAAGUAUAGUUUAUAAGGGACAUGUCAGUUUUUACAUGUACACACACGCCCAUACAUGUACAUUGGCCAGGGAUGUGGGAAUUUUUUUUUUAUUCCCCCUCUGAUAAAUCAAACCACCACCACCUACUUCAUAAUAUAGUAUCAAAGUGAUGCUGAAAUUCACCAUUCACAUACUAGAAUCACAGUUACAAAACAAUUUACUCAAUCCUACAAAUCAUGUCAGUAUAAACAAAAAUUGAAAUUGUAGGAUCUGGGAGACUCUCAUUAAGACCAGGGAUCACAAGCAUGUAAGCCACCCAGCAAAUUAUGUAAUUAAUGAUAAUUUGAAAAAGAAUAGAUUCUCAUUAGAGCUCUGGUCCUGGACCCCACCAAGGUGCCAAGUUUCUCCCAUGACCUCUGAUACUCGAGAUGACCUCUGAUACUCGAGAUGACCUCUGAUACUCGAGGGUAUAGAGGUUAUAUGGUUGCAUGCCUGUGGAUACUCAUUCAAUUGUACCAGAGUGGGCACCCUUAAGCACCUUUACACACAUUGACUCUUAUACAAAUAAAGCACACACAAUCUAUUAUUUCUCCAAUUUUCUUUGGUUAAUUUGUGUUUAAUAGCCUACAUUUAUGUAAAUUUAUUAUUUUUUUCCGAUGUACCAGUAGGGUAAUAUUUUAUCCACAAAGUAAUUCUUUUUAACUGAAUUUUAGUCCUGCAAGAUCUUAUUCACACAUAGUAUGCUUCAGUAAUGCAAAAUUAUAGUCGCAUCAUUGAAAAAAAUCCCCAAAAAUCAUUAUAAUUCCCAAUAACAAACACCACUUAGAUGAUUUUAUGUAUCACAAAAUUUGUUUUGACAAUGCUAAAUGAAAAUUUGUGUUUGUAUGUUUUAACAUGAUAUUUCCUAUGGCAAUGUAUGUUAACAUGUGUUGUCUUUCAUAAGGAAAAUAAAUGGCUAAUUUGAGUUGUGGCCAAAAACAAAAAUAAUAACAUUAGGUCAGUAGUGUAAAUGUGUAAUCAUUUUAUUUUACAUUAUUUGUAUUUAUAUUCUCACUUUACUAACUUUUCAUUCAUUUUACUUGUCUAAUUCAUAGUGUAGAUUGUAGCGUUACACAGUUGUACUGGUAUGUACAUUAAUGUAGCAAUACAGGUUCUUUCUUAAACUGUAAAUGUUUUGUGCCCCUUGUAGCACUACAACUGUAAUUGUUACAUUAAUGUAUCACUGUGCAGUUUUUUAUCCUGUAACUGUAACUUGAUGUAGCGCUAUGCAGUGUCUUACCCGUAAAUACUAUGAACAUUCAUGAGUUCUGCACAGUGUUUUAUUCUGGUAUGUACAUUGAUGUAGUGCUACACAGUUUAUUAUACAGUACUGUAAAUGUUACAUGCAUUUAUGUAGAGAUAUGCAGUUUAUUGUACUGUAAAUGACACGUACAUUAAUGUAGCGUUACACAGUGUUUAUUCUGAUGUAUAAUCCAUACAGUGGUGUAGCACUAUGCAGUUUCUUUUACUGUAAAUGCUACAAGAAUAUAGUGCAACUGUUUUAGUUUCCUCUGGUUUAUAGAUUGCUGUUGACGUCAUCGAUAGUUGUUAAAACGUUCGUUGAAAAUAAUUCUAAUACAGACGUUCGUCAUGACAUUAUGUGAGUCAACGUUUUACGUCAGAACAAAAGUGUUACUCGUAUUUCUUGUUGGACGCAUUCUUUUCACUUUGAAACGAUUGCCGAAUAUUACGAGAGUAUUAUCUUAAAGAGAACUAUAUACUCACCACAUUGAGAUACUUUUUCUUCUCAUGGAGGUUGAGAAUUUUAUUAAACCGGAUUUGAAAUCCGGCGAUUGUCGUUCAAACUGUAUUAUUUUAAUUUAUUAUUCUCUUGUCAAUAAACACAUACAAACAUGUCAAAAUGA